CCCGCCCCCCGCCCCUGGGAGGCUCGCGCUCCCGCUGCUCGCGCCUGCGCCGCCCGCCGGCCUCGAGAACGCGCCCUCUCGCCGGCGCGCGCGCUCGCAGUCACCGCCACCCACCCGCUCCGGCACCGGCAGCAGCGCCGCCGCCACCGCCCACCUUCUGCCGCCGCCACCACAGCCACCUUCUCCUCCUCCGCUGUCUUCUCCCGUCCGCACCCUCUGUCGACUGUCAGGUGAACCUUGACCCGGGAUGGCUGAGCCCCGCCAGGAGUUCGACGUGAUGGAAGAUCAUGCCGAGGAGGCGUACGGGUUGGGGGACAGGAAAGAUCAGGGCGACUACACCCUGCUGCAAGACCAGGAGGGUGACACGGACCAGGGCCUGAAAGCUGAAGAAGCAGGCAUUGGAGACACCCCCAACCUGGAAGACCAAGCCGCUGGACACGUGACCCAAGCCCGCAUGGUCAGUAAAGGCAAAGACGGGACUGGAAGCGAUGACAAAAAAGCCAAGGGGGCUGAUGGUAAAACGAAGAUCGCCACACCCCGGGGAGCGGCCCCUCCAGGCCAGAAAGGGGCUAAUGCCACCAGGAUUCCAGCAAAAACCCCGCCCGCCCCAAAGACACCGCCUGGCUCUGGUGAACCUCCCAAAUCUGGGGACCGCAGUGGCUACAGCAGCCCUGGCUCCCCGGGCACUCCUGGCAGCCGCUCCCGCACACCUUCCCUGCCGACGCCGCCCACCCGGGAGCCCAAGAAGGUGGCAGUGGUCCGCACUCCACCCAAGUCACCGUCGUCCGCCAAGAGCCGCCUGCAGACGGCCCCUGUGCCCAUGCCAGACCUGAAGAACGUCAGGUCCAAGAUUGGCUCCACCGAAAACCUGAAGCACCAGCCAGGAGGCGGGAAGGUGCAGAUAAUUAAUAAGAAGCUGGAUCUUAGCAACGUCCAGUCCAAGUGUGGCUCAAAGGAUAAUAUCAAACACGUCCCAGGAGGCGGCAGUGUGCAAAUAGUCUACAAACCAGUUGACCUGAGCAAGGUGACUUCCAAGUGUGGCUCGUUAGGCAACAUUCACCAUAAACCAGGAGGUGGCCAGGUGGAAGUUAAAUCUGAGAAGCUGGACUUCAAGGAUCGAGUCCAGUCGAAGAUCGGGUCCCUGGAUAACAUCACCCACGUCCCUGGCGGAGGGAAUAAAAAGAUCGAAACCCACAAGCUGACCUUCCGUGAGAACGCCAAAGCCAAGACGGACCACGGGGCGGAAAUUGUGUACAAGUCGCCCGUGGUGUCCGGGGACACGUCUCCACGGCACCUCAGCAACGUCUCCUCCACGGGCAGCAUCAACAUGGUAGACUCGCCCCAGCUCGCCACGCUAGCCGACGAAGUGUCCGCUUCCCUGGCCAAGCAGGGUUUGUGAUCAGGCCCCCGGGGCGGUCAAUAAUCGUGGAGAGAAGAGAGAGUGAGAGUGUGUGGAAAAAAAAAAAAAAAGAAUAAUGACCUGGCCCCUCGCCCUCUGCCCCCCAGCUGCUCCUCGCAGAUCGGUUAAUCGGUUAAUCACCUAACCUGCUUUUGUCGCUCGGCUUUGGCUCGGGACUUCAAAAUCAGUGAUGGGAAUAAGAGCAAAUUUCAUCUUUCCAAAUUAUGGGUGGGCUAAUAAUACAAUACUUGUUAAAAAAAAAACCACUCAGAAACAUGGCCACACCCAACAUUUCCUUGGGCAAUUCCUGCUGAUUCUUUUUUUUCCCCCCUCUGAGUCGAAGAGGGAGGAAGAGGCUCUGAAAGCUGCUUCUGGGGAAUUUCAAGGGACCGGGGGUGCCCACCGCCUCUGGCCCCGUCCUGGGGGUGUCACAGAGGCAGCGGCAGCAACAAGGGAUUUGAAACUCGGUGUGUUCGUGGAGCCACAGGCAGAUGACGUCAACCUUGUGUGAGUGUGAUGGGGGCGGGGCCGAGGCAGGGGCGGGCAGGGGAGAGGAAGGAGGAGCGGGGGCGGGGAGGAAGGACGGCGCCGGGAGUGGGAGACGCGACGCCGUCCCCUGCCGGGCGCCGCCGGGAGAGCAGCGGGAAGGGCGACCGCCUCUGCAGCCCGCAGCAGCUCAGACCCGGCGGCCUCCUGCUCUUGGUGGCCUGGGUCGCCUGAGGGUCGGUGUGCCACCCUCUGGAGGGCGGCCUGUGCGAGAAGAGGCAGUGGGCAGGAGGAAAGGGAAGGUCGGCGGGAUGGUGGCAGCCCGUGGGUUACUUCCUUGGAGGAGACAGACCUCGAUGUCCGAGAGCGCUGGCCUCUUCCUCCCUCCCUGCAGGGUGGGGGUCCUUCCUGAGCUAAGGGGCUUCCUUCCGCUCCAUGGAAACUCUGAUUUAUUGAGUUCUGAAGGUUGGAUCUGCAGCCACGAUUUUGGCCACCUCGCAGACCUGGGACUUUAGGGCUAACCAGUUCUCUUUGUAAGGACUUGUGCCUCUUGGGAGAUGCCCGCCUGUUCCCACAUCUGGCCUCUGGCAUCUCUGGAGUGUGCGGGGGUCUGGGAGGUGGUUCCGAGCCUCCCGUCCCUCCACGGCCACUGCAGCCACCCCUGUCUGCCUUGCCGUGCCGUGUCUGCUGUGAGAGCCAAUCACUGCCUGUACCCCUCAUGUCACACUGCCCCGAGUUCCCAGCCUAGCCACCCCCCUUCUCAGCAGUGGGCAUUGGCUGGAUAUGGGAGGCACCUACUCCAAGCGGUGAAACCAAGGGAAGGCAAAGUCCAGGCACAAAGGUUGAGCCUCAGUCUCUCGCUCCAAGUUCCACUCAUCCUAUGGGUGUGCCUCUCACAGCGGAUUUGAUGAGCUUAUUGGAUUCCCUGCUCCCACCUCCCAUCAGGUAUGAGCCAUGGUGCUGCUUGGCAGUGACCCUGUACGUUCUUGCCUUGUUGAUGUGGAGAGAGCCUUUCCCUCCCAGAAAGCCUGGCCCCUUCCUGUGUUGAACUGGCAGCAGGAGUUGGGUGUUGCCAGUGAUGGCAGCAGGAUGGGCAGGCAAGGCUCCCCGGGCAGGACCACUCUUUCUCUGUCCCCCACUUGUGCCCCAGCUUGAGACUGCCAGCCUCCCAGAGAGCCCAGCCACCGUUCACCUCCAUGUGCAUAUAACCAGCCCUCCACACCCCCAAAAGGGGAACAUGCUCCCUUGGAAAUGGUUCUUCCCCCCAGUCCCAGCUGGAAGCAAUGCUGUCUGUUCUGCUGGAGCAGCUGAACAUAUACGUAGAUGUUGCCCUUCCCUCCCUGUCUGCGCUCUGUUGCAUUGUAGUUGGAUUUGUCUGUUUAUGCUUGGAUUCACCAGAUGACUAUGACAGUGAAAAGACAAAAAAAAAAAAAAAAAAAAAAGGACGCAUGUAUCUUGAAAUGCUUGUAAAGAGGUUUCUAACCCAUGCUCAUGAGGGUCCUAGAUCAGAUCUCUCUCACCCUCAUGCUGGGACUUGGCUCCAGGAAGCCAGUGUGGCUGUACCCUGCGGCUGGGGCCUCCCAUGUUUUGCCACGUUUUGAAAGGUUUUCAUCAGCAUCUGGGACCCAAGAGACCAGAUUCCGGCUUCUAAGGAGGACCUUCAGCUGCAAAGCCCUGAAGCACAGGACUAGGACAGAAGCUAUGGUAUCUCCCCCUCCCCACUUCCCCCAGGGCUCCCUUUGGCAGGGCAGAGAGCGGUGUGUCUUAUGGCUGGCCUGGCUUGCAGCAUGGAGAUGGUCCUCUCUGGUCACAGCCUGGAGAAGUCCCAUAGCAGUCCUGAAAAAGGGUCUUACAACCGCAUCACAAGGAAAAGGAAUUUGUCUGCAGCCCCCAGAAGCCCGUCCCUCAGGCUGGGGGUCCUUCUCCAGGGUCACUCUCAGGAGGGACAGCCCAGGCCUCCUCACCAAGGGGUCUCCAACCACGGACGGUAUUGGAAUGGAUUGUCCAUUCUGGAUGGGCUCCAGGGGCCCGAGCUGCUUGACUGAGGAAGGAUGGCAAGUCGGGAAACAUGGUUCCCAAAGCCUUGGCCAGAGCACCAUCAGCCCACUGACUGCACAAGCUCCACCUGCUACCAUGAGAAAAGGGAAAGCUGCCUGUGCAGAAAAGAAACUCAGCAGCCUCAGGCCCAGUCCUGUCACUUCUGGUUUGAGUACAGUUAAAGGCAACCUGGGGGACUGGGUGGUAGGGGCCCAGGGCCUCCCCCAGGGUUGGAUGUCUCAUUUGCAGCCAGGGCUUUCUGUGCAAGGAAUUAUCUGGGCCCAGAACUUUCCACUGUGAGGUUCUCCACUGUCCUCUAACCCCAGCUGGUCUCAGAAGUGAAGGGUUCAGAGGAAGAAAAAGGAAACUGUGGUGGUAGAGAUUUGUUAGCUGUUAAGAGCAUGGCCUGCUCAUUACUGCCACUGACGUUGGUGCACUUCUCGCACCUCUUUGCUCUUCCUGCAGUUCCUGGGCCCUGCUCUUCGUUCAGCACCAUGGGCCAUCUGAGGAGGGUUUUGGACUCUCCCUCAGGGGUGGGUUAUUUGGGGUCAUGGUUUAAGGUGAUCAGGUCAGCGCUGGCAGGUAGAUUGCAAAGGGGUGCUUGUGACCUUAAAUGAGGACAAUCCCCCCAGGGCUGGACCUUCCUCCCUUCUCCCCAUUUCUCCCAUCUCCAGAGCCAAUGCCCCUGGGUGGGCUAGAUGGUGUAUACUAUUUGCCUACCAAGCUCUCAGUUCACUUUAUCAAUAGCUCCAUUUAAGCUGACUUCAGUGGUGAGACUGUUUCCUGUUUGCAAUUGCUUAUUGUGCUGUGGGGGGAGGGGGGAGGAAUGUGUUCAAUAGUUAACAUGGGCAAAGGGAGGUCUUGGAGUGCAGCAGUUAAACCACCCUGUAACCCUUUUCUUCAUGAUUUCAACUACAUUUGCUAGAGGGAGGGAGAUGCCAUGGGGUUAGAGGUCCUUGUGGCAUCACCCUUCCACUGACAGGUUCCCAGUUGCAGCAGGCAGCCAGCUCAUUCCCCAUGGCCUGCCCAGCUGAGUAGGAAUCUGGAGAUCUGGUUGCUUUGGCCUGUUGCCUCUUGUGGGGUCUCAGGCCCACAAGCAUGCCUGAGACCCCAGCACCCUUCCCUCUAAGCGGUUAGCACCUCCGUGUCAGCUCUCCCACCGGCUGCAGAGAUGCAGCCUGUACUUUUAGCGGGGGCUGAGAUUGUUGUUACCUUCACCCUCCUUAUCUUUGUCCUCCAAGUGAAGCCAAGAGCUGCUGGAUGAUGGCCGAGGUUAUCGUCAGCUUGUUCCAUCUACAGAUCUGUGGCUUCAGGAGACUUCUGAUUUCUCUUCAGCUUUGAAAAGGGUUACCCUGGCACUGGCCUAGAGUCUUAACCUCCUAAUGGACUGAGCCCCAUGAAUUUGCAAAGUUGGGCAGGACAAUUUCUGGCACUUGCAAGUCCCAUGAUUUCUUUGGUAACUUUGAGGGUGGGGGGAGGGACAUGAAAUCAUCUUAGCUUAGCUUCUUGUUUGUGAAUGUCCAUAUAGUGUAUUGUGUGUUUUAACAAAUGAUUUACACUGACUGUUGCUGUAAAAGUGAAUUUGGAAAUAAAGUUAUUACUCUGAUUAAA